AUGGCCUUGGGGCCUGUGGGCAGCGUGUGCGGGACAGGGGCAGACGGUGGCACCACGGGCGCUCGGAGGACACGUCCCCUCCCGCAGGAUGGGCAGUGCUGCGAGGAGGCCCCCAGCCGCCUGGGCCGCCUCUACCUGUACAGCUUCAGCGAGGACGGGCCUGCCGGCCCCCUGACCGAGGUCCGCAGACGGGACACGGCGGCCAUCCUGGACAUGAAGUGGUGCCACGUCCCCGUGGGGGGCCACGUCCUCUUGGGCGUGGCGGACGCCGGGGGCUCCGUGGAGCUGCUCCACGUGGCGGAGGGCCAGGGUAUGUACACGAUGCAGGUGCUGUCCCGCUUCGUCCUCGAGGGGCAGUGCCUGGCCUUGUCGCUGGACUGGUCCACCGGGAGAGCUGGCAGCACCAGCGGCCAGCCCCUGCGGGUCGUCAGCAGUGACUCCAAGGGGCGCCUCCACCUGCUCAAGGUGAGCGAGGGCGACGCCGGCCUGCAGGAAGAGGCCUCGUGGAAGGCCCACCACUUCGAGGCCUGGGUGGCCGCCUUCAACUACUGGCAGCCGGACGUCGUGUACUCGGGCGGGGACGACGGCCUGCUGAAGGGCUGGGACACCCGAGCGCCGGACGUGGCGCAGGUUCCGCUGCACCCCGGCCCGCCGGCCACAGCCGGCUCUGGCCGAGGGUCACCUCCCGAGGACAAGCAGGACACGUGCACCGUCUGCAUGUCCCACACACUGCCCGGCUCCCUGGUGUACGGCGCCGACUGGUCCCGGCUCUACUUCUGCCACCUGCCCCAGGCCCAGCCUUCCCUGAUCGCAGGCUCCUGGCCUCUGGGCGACCCUGGGGCCAGGCCGGACGGCAGGGCCGUGGGGGAGCUGGCCGCAUCCCCAUCUGACCGGCCAGCGGACGAGAGGGAGGGCCGCCCCAAGGUGCAGAAGCUGGCCUCGCUGCAGCUGGCCGAGGGCGCCAGGAGCUGCAGCCAGCUGCGCACGGCGGGGCCCGGCAUCUGCGGCACCGACCUGUGUCUGGACGCGGCCAGCCUGGACCUCAGCCUCCUGGCCACCUGCUCCUUCUACGACCACACCCUCCAGCUCUGGAAGUGGGAGAACAGCUGA